GGAGCCGCCCAGCCGUGCGGGAAGAGGAAGUGGGAGCUCGGGAGAAGCGGAAAUUGCAGCAGCAGCAGCAGCCACCGCCAGCCCGGGAAGCACCGGUGAGAGCCAGGGCAGGGCGGCCGGAGGAGGAGGAGAAGAGAAGGAGGCAGCGGGCGCCAGCAUGUGGAAGGCUAUUGCAGGCCACACCAUUUCUGUCAAUCAGGAUGAUGGAGCCGACGACUGGGAGACGGAUCCUGAUUUUGUGAAUGAUGUGAGUGAGAAAGAACAACGCUGGGGAGCUAAAACUGUGAAAGGAUCCGGCCAUCAAGAGCACAUCAAUAUUCAUCAGCUGAGAGAGAAUGUAUUCCAAGAACACCAGAACCUCAAAGAGAAGGAGCUUGAAACAGGACCAAAAGCUUCCCAUGGCUAUGGAGGGAAAUUUGGUGUUGAACAAGAUCGCAUGGAUAAAUCAGCUGUUGGACAUGAGUAUCAAUCCAAGCUUUCCAAGCAUUGCUCCCAGGUGGAUUCAGUGAAAGGAUUUGGUGGCAAGUUUGGAGUACAAACUGAUAGAGUGGACCAGUCAGCUGUUGGGUUUGAAUAUCAGGGGAAAACUGAGAAGCAUGCUUCCCAAAAAGACUACUCCAGUGGUUUUGGUGGAAAAUAUGGAGUACAGGCUGACAGAGUGGACAAGAGUGCAGUGGGGUUUGACUACCAGGGUAAAACUGAGAAACAUGAGUCACAGAAGGAUUAUUCCAAGGGCUUUGGUGGUAAAUAUGGUGUUGACAAGGACAAAGUGGACAAAAGUGCUGUUGGCUUUGAAUAUCAAGGCAAAACGGAAAAACAUGAAUCACAGAAAGAUUAUGUAAAGGGGUUUGGAGGCAAGUUUGGAGUGCAGACUGACAGACAAGACAAAUGUGCUCUUGGCUGGGAUCACCAGGAGAAAGUGCAGCUGCAUGAAUCCCAGAAAGACUAUAAGAGUGGUUUCGGAGGGAAAUUUGGUGUACAGAGAGAAAGGCAGGACCCAUCUGCUCUGGGGUUUGAUUACAAGGAGAAACUAGCCAAGCAUGAAUCUCAACAAGAUUAUUCCAAAGGAUUUGGUGGGAAGUAUGGUGUACAGAAAGAUCGGAUGGAUAAGAAUGCAGCAACUUUUGAAGAUAUUGAGAAACCUGCAUCAACUUACCAGAAGACCAAGCCAAUAGAAGCUGUUGCUAAUAAAACGAGCAACAUCCGAGCUAACUUUGAGAAUUUAGCCAAGGAAAAAGAACAAGAGGACCGAAGGAAGGCAGAAGCUGAGAGAGCACAAAGAAUGGCCAGGGAGAAACAAGAACAGGAGGAGGCUCGAAGGAAACUGGAGGAACAAGCUAAAGCCAAAAAACAAACUCCACCACCAUCUCCUACUACACAGCCAGCUGAGCAGAAGACACCCUCCAGCCCAGUCUACCAGGAUGCAGUUUCCUGUGAAGCAGGGUCUGCCUACAGGAAUUCUACUGCAACAUAUUCAGCCACACAUGAGCCAGAGCCUGGCUACAGAGCUGCAGAGUCAGACUACCAAGAAGCAGUGAGUCAGCGGGAGACAGGAUAUGAGGCAGAGACUGUUUAUGAAGUGACAGGGGCAGGAGACCACUACCAAGCAGAAGAAAAUACUUAUGAUGAAUAUGAAAAUGAACUUGGAAUUACAGCCAUAGCUCUUUAUGAUUAUCAAGCUGCGGGUGAUGACGAGAUUUCCUUUGACCCAGAUGACAUCAUCACAAACAUAGAAAUGAUCGAUGAUGGCUGGUGGAGGGGUGUCUGCAAAGGCCGGUACGGGCUGUUCCCUGCCAAUUAUGUGGAGCCCAGACAGUAAAGACUGUUGUCUCCUGGUUAUGCCUUAAUUCCCCAGUCAAUAAUUCUGACUUGAUACACUACAAAUCACGAUGCUUUUCUGAGGAUGGAGGGGUAUAUACAUAAUUGCUUUUAUAUUUAAUACUUUGCUGAUGCUUUUUAAAAAGUUUAUGCCACAGAAGUCGCUAAUAUAUUGUAAGUACUAUGUUCUUCACUAAGGCUCUUAAAGUUAUUUUCAUGCAUUUGGAAACAUUUCUUCUCUGCCAAAUUAGGAAUUGUCAUAUAAAGCCUUUUCAAGGACAAUUAGCUGUCUGUCUUAAUAUUGCAUGUUUUACUCAUAAGUGAGCAGAUCUACUUAGUGUUUAAGUCUAGUUAGUCUUCCACUAAAUGUUUUCAGCUAAGAAAAUCAUGGCUAUGCAGGAUAUUUGCAUCUCCAGUAAGCUGGGGUGGGGAGGACUGGGAAGGUGCAUAAUUUUUUCUUUUCUUUUCCAGAUAGUGUGUGAAAAAGCAAAGAGAGUGUUUAAAAGUUUCAGCUAAUGGCAGUUGAUCAAAUACUGUCCAGUAUUUAUGGAGUAUUAAUGUUAUGAGGGAAAGGGUCUGGUUACUUUUUCCUUCUCUUAUAAAGUGAAGUUCCUUGGCUCUUGCAUUUUUUUUUCCUGCUCCUCCUGUCCAUGUUAUUCCAGAAGAGGGCUGCAAAUGCUCUAGCACUGAUUGUCCCAGGUUUCUUUAUUUUUUGGGUUUGUUUCACUCUCCUCUUUCCUAGGAAAACUUGGCAAAGUUACUAUACAAUUCUUGAGGCACUCAGUGAGAUUCCUACUUGUUCCAAGGGAAAUUGGCAUCCAAAUCUGUGUGACCACCUGCAGCAAUAGUCUUUUUGUUUCAAGUGGGAGAGAAAAAGGCAGGAUGGAAUUGCAGUUGUUCUCUGCAGUUCAUUCUUUGUUCAUCCAAGGAGGGGCCUGCUGUGCAGUAAAGGCAUUUUAUGUAGCCAUAUUUGAGUCAAAGGAUGUUAAUACAAAUAAUUUGAUUUAAAACUCAAAUGAUUUAUAUUUUUGAACCACACAAGGCAACUAUUCUUUUUUUGUAUGUACAGCAGAAACUGCCAGUAGCAUUCUACUAAAUGACAAAAUUAAAACCUGUUCCUUGCCAAAACUAAAACUGAAAUUCUUGUCAUUCUAGAGAACUGACUUCACCAGAGGUUUUUAGGGUCCCUACCAAAGAUAGAUAUCUAAUAGUGCACGUGUUCUGUGUGUGUACUGUCUGUUUCCACCUUCUGAUCAGAAUGGGAAUGGCUGAACAGGCGUAGUAGCUGAGAAAGAAUGCAAAGAAUUUUUAUAAACUGUAAAUUUGGACCAGUGGAAAAUAAAAGGCCUGUAUAAAGUGGUAAAAUGUAUCCUAUAUCUACGAAGGAGGCAUCACGUUGAACCAGGUAUUGGAUGGUUGGGACAAUCCUUAAUGAAUGUCAUAUAUGUGUCAUGAUGAUUAUUAUUUUUUUUUUCUCCUUUCCAUGGUCUCAUUUCUGUGUUGUAUUUGCAUUACAGGGUUGGGUUUUAUAUGCAGUUUGUUUUAUCCAAUUUUUGCAUAGGACACCUCAUAGGGAUAUGAUUUUUGUAAAUUAAAUAUUCAAUAAACUUUUGGAACCAUUUGCAUGGAA